CCCUGGUUGUUUAAUUCUCAGGGAUGGCAGCUAUCAACCCGUGGCCCUCUUGGGGUGCCCUUAUGGACCAGUCUUGGGGGAUGGCAGCUGCUGACUCUUCUGCUUCCUGGGGUGAGUCAACAACCUGUAUGCUCAACUGUGCUGUCUGUCAUGUAAUAUCCUCUUGCUUCUGUGAUCUGCCAUAGCUGGGGUUAGAGCUGGUAGUCCAGCUCUCACUCUACAGCGUUAGAACAAAGAGGAAUCAGAAAAGAGGACAUCUCUAGGACAGAUAACAUGAGAAUCAAUGUCUAGACACUUAGGGUUCAGACCCAGAAAGGUUGUGAAAAGUGCUUCCUCAGAGAUGGUUCCUCAUAGCAUAGGAGAGUGGGGAGUCACAUGUUGUCACUUUCUUCAAGUCCCAUUUCCUUCAUCUGUGGGGUGAGGAAGUAGCUUUCUUCCUUAUGUGGGAUGGUAGGAGCAGGGGCAGGGCCUAGCCUUCUUCAUAUCCAUAGGGUACAUGAACUUCUGGCAGGAGGAGGUACCUCCGUGACUUCUUUUUUCUUUCCUAGCUCUGUGCCCUCAGGAUCCAGCAUGGCACAUAGAGGGAAGCCCCGAGGAGGAAGAAAGAAGGGCAGCUGGGCUUGCAGUAGCCCAAAUCCAGGGUACAAGAUCAUUGUUCCACAGCAACUCAUGUAUUCAGAACCAGAUUCAGGCUGAUGCUGUGUAGUAUACUCCGUACUUGCUGUGAGAACAAGAACAGAUGCGAGCCUUUACCCUGAGGACCUAACAGGCCACUUUCCAAGGUGGUUCACUCAGGAACCAGUGACUUUCAAGGAUGUGGCUGUGGCCUUCACCCAAGAAGAAUGGAGGCAGCUAGACCUUGUUCAGAGGACCCUGUACCGCGACGUGAUGCUGGAGACCUAUGCACACCUACUCUCUGUGGGGAAUCAGAUUGCUAAGCCAGAAGUCAUCUCCCUGUUGGAACAAGGAGAAGAGCCUUGGUCAGUGGAGCAAUCAUAUCCCCAAAGUACUUGUCCAGAGUGGAUGAGAAAUAUUGAAAGCAAAACAUUGGUUCCAGCACAGAGUAUUUUUGCAGAAGAACAAUCCAAUGGAAUGGCAUUAGAAAGAUAUAUAUGGAAUGAUCCUUGGCUCUCCAGGCUAGGAGUUUUGGGAUGUAAAGACCAAUUAGAAAUGUAUCGCAUGAAUCAGAGUACAGGUAUGAGACAAAUGGUCUUCAUGCAAAAACAAGUACUUUCUCAACGAUGUUCUGAAUUCUGUGAACUUGGCACAGAGUACAGCAAAAGCUUAAACUUGAUUCCAUCUCAGAGAGUUUCUCAAUUAGAACAUUUCUAUAAACCUGAUGCACAUCUUGAAGGUUGGAGAUGUAAUUCAGCUAUAAUGUAUGCAGAUAAGGUUACCUGUGAAAAUAAUGAUUAUGACAAAGCCUUCUGUCAAUCUCUUCAGCCUGUUUACCCUGCAGGAAUGCAAACUGGAGAUAAUCUGUUUAAAUAUACUGAUGCUGUGAAAUCUUUUAAUCAGAUUAUACAUUUUGGUGAUCAUAAAGGAAUACAUACAGGAGAAAAACUCUAUGAAUAUAAGGAAUGCCACCAAAUCUUUAACCAGAGCCCACCACUUAAUGAACACCCAAGGCUUCAAAUCGGAGGAAACCAGUAUGACUAUAAAGAGUAUGAAAAUAUCUUUUACUUCUCAUCUUUCAUGGAACAUCAAAAAAUUGGUAGUGUAGAAAAAGCAUAUAGAUACAACGAAUGGGAGAAAGUGUUUGGGUAUGACUCACUACUUGCUCAGCAUACAAGCACUUACACUGCAGAGAAGCCCUAUGAAUAUAACAAAUGUGGAGCAUCUUUUAUUUGGAGCUCUUACCUUAUUCAGCAUAAGAAAACUCAUCCUGGAGAGAAACCCUAUGAAUGUGAUAAAUGUGGAAAAGUUUUUAGGAACCGUUCAGCCCUUACUAAACAUGAGCGGACUCACACUGGAAUAAAGCCCUAUGAAUGUAACAAAUGUGGAAAAGCCUUCAGUUGGAAUUCUCAUCUUAUUGUCCACACAAGAAUUCAUACAGGAGAGAAACCUUAUGUAUGUAAUGAAUGUGGGAAAUCUUUCAACUGGAACUCCCAUCUUAUUGGACAUCAGAGAACUCAUACUGGAGAGAAACCUUUUGAGUGUACUGAAUGUGGGAAGUCUUUUAGUUGGAGUUCCCAUCUAAUUGCCCAUAUGCGAAUGCAUACUGGAGAGAAACCCUUUAAGUGUGAUGAGUGUGAAAAAGCUUUUAGGGAUUAUUCAGCCCUUAGUAAACAUGAACGAACUCACUCUGGAGCAAAACCAUAUAAAUGUACUGAGUGUGGAAAGUCCUUCAGUUGGAGUUCCCAUCUUAUUGCUCACCAGAGAACUCACACAGGAGAGAAACCCUAUAACUGUCAAGAAUGUGGCAAAGCUUUCAGAGAACGCUCAGCUCUUACUAAACAUGAAAUUAUUCAUUCUGGAAUUAAACCCUAUGAAUGUAAUAAAUGUGGAAAAUCCUGUAGCCAGAUGGCUCAUCUUGUGAGGCAUCAAAGGACUCAUACUGGAGAAAAACCCUAUGAAUGCAAUAAAUGUGGAAAGUCCUUCAGUCAGAGCUGUCACCUUGUUGCCCAUCGGAGAAUUCAUACUGGUGAGAAACCCUAUAAAUGUAAUCAAUGUGAAAGAUCCUUUAAUUGUAGCUCUCACCUUAUUGCACACCGGAGAACUCAUACUGGAGAGAAACCAUACAGGUGUAAUGAAUGCGGGAAGGCAUUUAAUGAGAGUUCUUCCCUUAUUGUACACUUGAGAAACCAUACUGGAGAGAAACCCUACAAAUGUAAUCACUGUGAAAAAGCUUUUUGUAAGAAUUCUUCCCUAAUUAUCCAUCAGAGGAUGCAUAGCGGAGAGAAACGCUUUAUAUGUAAUCAGUGUGGAAGAGCCUUUAGUGGUCAUUCAGCCUUACUUCAACAUCAGAGAAAUCAUGGUGAAGAGAAACUGUAACUAAAUUGGUCAGAGACUUUUCUUUUAUUGUGUUUGACCACAUACAAUAAAAACAUACAACAGUGGGAGAAAAAAGCCUACAAGUAUUACUGAGAGGGAAGUUUUUCAUCAAAAAUUCAGUAAGACUGUCUUUAUUAUACAACAGAAGUCUCUCUUUGGAAGAAACCUCAUGAGUGACAUUAAAAACAGCUCCCAAGCUUCUUGUGUGAUCCACAAGGAGUCAGUAUUUGAGGAACAUGAUUGGGGAAUGAGUCCUUCCAUCAAGAGCUCUUAUUGGUAGAUCGGUAUAAAUUAUUAUGGGGAAAGUCGUGCCAUGAAGAGUGUUUUGGCUGGAAAGACACUGCCUGGACUACCAGAUGGAAAGCUUUACGUUAACAUUUUGUGCAUAAUUAUAGAAACAGGUUUGCUAUUACAAGGGAAGGGACUAGGUGCUGUUUAAGGGAUAGAAUGUGGAAUACUAAAUCUGAAUUUAAGAAAAAAAAACUAGUGCAGUAUUGAGUGGGGGUAUUUACUGUUGAUCAAGGUUAACUUCUUUAGAAAAAGAUUAGUAAAGGAGAUCACUAAGGAUAGAAGAUAGAAAUGCUGUUGCCUAGAAAUAUGAGACUGAGUUUUGAAACAAAGUGAUAGUUAAUAAUCUAGUGUGUCAGUGUCCAUUGAUACUUAUCAAUGAAUUGUUGGGCAGUUAGUUUAUAAUUUUUUUAGGCAAUCACUAUAAAUUAUAAUUGUGGACACUGGAGACAUAUAAGAGAAUGAACAACCAUAAGGGUACAAUUGUUUAUAAACAUCUAUUGUAACAACUAAAAAUGUGUUUGAAUAAAGUCCUCUUAGAUUCAUGGAGACAUUAACCCAGUUAAUUAAUUAAUUAUUUUUUUAGUUUAGUUUUUGUUUUUCUUUUACAAAUACAUAAACACUCACCAUGUGCUUGGGUUUUUAAACGUUUUUAAAAAUAUUAACUUGUUUAUUCAAUUCCCAUAACUCUGUAAAGUAGGCUUUGUUGCUAUCCCAAUUUUACAAAUGGAUAGAUAGAAACAGAGAUGUUGAAUCACUUACCCAAGGGACACAGUUAGUAAAGUGUACAGUUGAAAUUGUUUGGCUCCAGAAUCUGUGUUUUUAACUACUGUGUUUUCUCACUUUUGUUCAUUGUUUUUAUAAUAAAUAUUUGAUAAUAAAAUUCAAGAAAAUCCUCAGUAAUGAAAAAUGAA